AUGCCGCCAUCGGCUCGUCUGAAACAGCACCAGGACACGAGGGGCAACAUAUUCUACACGGUCGAAGGCUCGGAGCUGGACAAGAGCAUGAAGCGCCUGACGGACACCUUCCUACUGGGGCACCUGCCGACCUGGGAGAUGUGGUCCAGCAAGCUCCUGCAGCAGUGGACGAUGUGCCGCCGCUGGGGGCGGGUCAUCAUGAAGGUCUUCCUCAAGACGGUCGACCGGGUGACCUGGAAGCUGGGCAGCAUCGGCCUACCUGCGCAGCUGAUGCCCGAGAAGUGCCCGACUUGGCCGGCGGAGCUCGAGCACCGCGCGAAGAUCGAGCCAUGCCGCCCGAGGGCGGAGGCGAAGCAGAGGUCAGCCGCCUCCGCGGCCGCGCGCGAGCAGAACCAGAAGCUGAGGGCCACCAUCGAGACCGCAAAGUCCGAUUUCCCGACCAAGUAUGCGACGGUGGAUGCGUUUGCAGCACUCAGCUCGGAGCAGAUCUACGAGAAGCUCAACAUGGUGACGGUGGCCAGUCACUUGAAGCCCCUGUGCAAGACCUGGGGACUGACGCAGUCUGGCAAGAAGGAGGAGCUGAUCGACAGGCUCAUCGCGUACACCAUCGAGCAGCGCGGCGCGGCGGCAGCGACGAUCAAGGACAAGAAGGGGCCGAAGACCAAGAAGGUGGAGACGGUGCCUACCGUUGUGGGCCCGGCGAUCCCAGCGCACUACACGCAGAUGUGCCAUCGCCCAGACUGCCAGCAGCAGCGGGGCAUCGCGAAUAACGAGCCGAUCGCGAAGGCGAAGCCCUUCGGGUGGUGCCACCAGGCCAUUCGCGCAGCUACCCACUCGACGAGGUCGGCCAUCUUCGGAGCUAUGUACGCCCUCUCGACCUUCGGCCGAUUGACGAUGGUCGAGGCGUGCACCCACGAGGGCUCCAACCUUGGCCAGGCCUGCGACGAGAAGGGCUACCACUACGAGAGGCUCGGCCUGUUCAACGACUGCGACCUCAGCAAGCCGCAGGGCCACCACAAGGCGAUGUUCCUGCUGGACGAGAAGCGCCCGGAGCUCCUCGUCAGCACUCCACCCUGCGGGCCGUGGUCGAUCAUGCAGAACGUCAACCAGCGCGACGACAAGCAGAAGGAUAAUCUGCGCAGGAAGCGACUCAAGAGCCAGCGGAUCUUCGAGAACAACAAGAGGCUCAUCGAGCAUCAGGUGCUCCACCUGAAUGGCUCGGCCCUUGCCGAGCAGCCACACAACGGUCGGUCGUGGCGGAAGACCUUCUGGAAGGACCUGCACAAUAUCCCCCCCUACGAGGUGAUCGUAGACGGCUGCGCCUGCGGACUCAGAGCCCCGGACACGGGCGAGCUCGUGAAGAAGCGCUGGAAGUUCCUGACGAACGACAAGAGGAUCUGGGUGGCCAUCCAGCCGCUACAACGCCGUGGAGGACACUACCAUGAGGAGAUCGAGAGCAGUCUGAGGACCGAGGCCUCGGGCUACUAUCCCAAGAUGCUGCGCCGCCGGGUCCUCCGUGCUCUGACCAAGAGCCAGAAUCAGAAUUACUUCGAGGAAGAGGCAAUAAGCUCGAGAGCUACACCAGGCUGGUGCACGCCAACCUGGGGCAUCUACCUCGAGCGCAUCUUCUACGGUACCUACGAGACCGAGUUGCUAGACCUGAGGAGCUUCGGUGGGCCAGAACCUUCAAGCGCGACAUCUGCGACGCUCACCGACCUCCGACGAAGCGGCCGCCAGCCUCAUCAGCAGAGCAGCCCCAGAAUGGUCACGAGGUUCUGUUCGACGCCUUUUCUUGGAUAUCGUCGCAGCACGAACACUAACGUGAUGGCGCUAGCGAUCCUCGACGUUGGCUCGGACACACUCUACGCGCGGCUUACCGACGAGAAGGCGAUCCCGGGGACGCGCCGACAAGCUCGUGCGGGCGAUAUUCGGCAUAUCUCUGCUACGACGUGGUUCCCUUGGAUGGGGCGUCCGGAGGUCAUGCGCUACGACCCAGCUGGGAGCGCCAUGUCCGACGAGUUCCGCGAGUGGAUCGAGAGCCAGGGAGUCUACUGCCUCCCAUGUGCUGCCGACGCCCGCUGGCAGAUCGGCAAGAUCGAGCGAGCGAUUGAAGCUUUCAAGGAGGCCCUCGACGCCCUCGACGUGAUGAUCUCAGCUGAAGUUCCCACGAGCGAGAUGUUCGGACUACAGACAGCAGCCAGGCGCGACCUGAUCAGGAUCGACGGCUUCAGUCCGCUGCAGCGCUAUGCGGGACGGACGCCAAUUGGCACCACGGUCAACCUGUUCGACGAGCCGAACAACCUGCCGCUCAUCAGCGCCGAGCUGCAGGAUGGCACCUUCAGCAGGGACGCUCGAGCACGACGGAUGGCACGGUUCGCUCGCAUCCGGACGGAGAACUCCGACCGAGUCAAGCGCUCGGAGGCCGCACGAUUCAGAUCGUUCAAGAAUUACGAGACGGGCGACAUGGACAACCUCGCUCCAUGCCGGGGCGAGGCCGCCGGUACGGACCUGGACGAGUACUCUGUCAUGAGCCUGCAUGCUCAGGACGUCGACCUGCCGGGGACGUGGGCCUUCGGCGACGUCCAGAAGCAGCUCGACACGAACGAGGUGAUCGACCUGUCUAACGAGUCCCCACCUACUGGCGAGGACCUUGCCGCUGACGACGGCGAGUCGGUCAGCGCCCGCACCUUCGAGAAUAACGCGAGCGGACCCUGGGCCAUUCCUGAAGACGAGGACCUACGCGGAUCUGCGGAGCCCCUGGUCAAGAAGCAGCGGAUCAACUGGGCGACCCAGGAGGGCUACUCUCACUACCUACAGGAGGGUAACUUCUACGGGGACCAUGCCUACAGCGUCCAGCCGUAUGACGAGGUCAAGGAGGCCGACGAGCUCAUCGUGCUGGACAUCCCUGUCAACAACGAGCAUGCGUUCAUGACCUACAUGGACGAUCCCAGUAACUUCGUGGCAUCGCAGGCCCAGACGGGCCGAGUCGAAGUCUCACUCAAGAAGGCAUCCCCGGAGGAGAAGAAGCUGCUACUCGAGGCCCAGCAGAAGGAGUGCACCUCCGUCCUCAGCACGAAGGCCGUCAGGAUCCUCAGUCGACAAGGGAUCGACCCGGCGCGCCUGCUGCGCUGCCGUUUCGUGCUGACUUGGAGGAAGGACGACAAGGGCAACGCGCUCAGGGGCAAGGCCAGACUGGUCGUGCUCGGUUGCAGCGACCCCGACCUGCUUCAUCUACAGACAGACGUGCGUCAGGCCUUCGGCAUGAAAGACGACGAGGUCUUGCAGUUCCUCAAGCCGAUGUACGGGUUCGUACAUGCUCCUCGCAAGUGGUGGCUACGUUUCAAAGAUACGCUCAAGAUGCUGCAGAUGGAGGCUGUACAGUGCGAGCCAUGCGUCUGGGCCAUCCGAGGCGGCACUAAGCUGGUCGGCAUGGUCAUCCUACACGUUGACGGCAUGAUGAUUGCCGGCGAUCGCAGUCACGCGGUCUUUCUCAAGAAGCGACAGGAUAUCCAACAAGUUUUCGAGUGGACCCCCUGGGAAAGCCGAGCGUUAGUGCAGCGCGGCAUCAGCAUCCGUCAGAACGAGAACUUCACCUGCAGCCUCGCACAGGACAGCUACAGCCUGAACGUGGAGCCCAUCCAGAUACGACGUGGACGGAAACCUACAGAAGGAGUUUCGGACAAAGAGAGGUCAGAUUUACGAGGGCGACUUGGUACAGUCGGCUGGCGAGCCCAACAGUCGGCCACGUGGCUAAGUGCUGAGGUCUCUCUACUUCACCCGACCAUCCAGAAGAUCAACAAGCUCAUGCGCACCAUGAACGAUACUGCCGACGUGGUCAUGCUCACCCCGGCCAUUGAGCAGAUCGCCGUGGUUGGCUGGGGCGAUGCAGCCUGGGCCGCCCGUAUCACUGGCGAGUCCCAGGGUGGCAAGAUGAUUGUGCUGGCCCCGCUGCCCUUCCUGAGCGGCUCGACAGAGACGGCGGCGCCCAUCUCAUGGAGAUCGUGCAAACUACCGCGAGUGGCCAGAAGCAGUACGACUGCGGAGGUCCAGAUGAUGACCGAGACCCUAGACGAGAUCAGCUACGUGCGACCGUUCAUCUAUGAGCUGGAGCGCGGCCAAGUGGACUACACGAACAAGCAGCACGUGAACGACGCCAUCUCAUCCUGCCCUGGCGCCAGCCACAGACGGCAAGAUAGUGCCGCCAAGGUCUUGCUGGAGUUCUUCAGGACGGGCAAGCGCUGGGGGCUCGUGGGCGACCCUCUACACCGCAGUGCCAGGAUAUGCAAGACCGAGGGCAUGGACAAGUUCGACCACGGCAAGCCGCUGUCUUCCGACGAUGACGGCGCUAUGCUGGAGGCACUCAUCUACUUCGCCCGCGACAAUCCCGACGAGCAGGAGAGUCCUGCUGGAGACGCAGACCUGUGGGGCAUGGUGAGGAAGCUCACGCGCUCUGUGCUCUCUGUGAAUUCAGCUGCCAGCGGCAG